AUGCCUUCCGUUAUUCAGACAGCCGGAGACGUGGUCGGUAGCGUCAGCCAUCACGUCCAGCAUGCCGCCAAGAGUGUGGAAGCCCAGCUCGAGGCCACGACGAACCAGCUCCUCCCACCCCGGCGGCGUGAGCACAUGGCUGAGCAGGCCCGCCUCUAUGCUCGCCAGAACCCCAAAGCCGCCGCUUUCCUCACCACCCAAGCCGCGUUGGCGGGCCUCCCCAUUGUCCUCUUUCUAGCCUUUGCUGCGGCCACUCUCCUUGUCUGCCUCACGACCUGCCUCCUCCUGGGCCUCAUCGCCUCGCUCACCAUCACCUUCUUCGUUGUCGGCUUCGCAUUGCUCUUUGUUGUCCCAACCGUCGUCAUCGCCAGCUGCUCGGCAACCUUCAUCUUCGUCUGGGGUCUUGUGGGCUACAUCAUCCUGCGCAGGCUCAAUGAGGGCCAGGCGCCAGCCAAGCCUGGUACUCGCGUUGGCGACAAGCUGCAGGCCUUGACUGGAGGCAGAUCGGUAUAUUGGCAACAACAUCAGACGUCUUCAAAGGAGAGUCGAAAUGGACACCAGCCAACCGGAAAAGACAAUGCUACUGGCCCUGAACGCAACUAUACAAACGACCCGACAGGCUCGGGAGACGGAGGACCUGUGAAUGGAAUGCAUGGCUCCAUUGCAUGGGAGAGAAAGCUGGUGGAUGGCGUACAGCCCGACUCUGUGGUGUUGGACACAGACAACGUCUAUGAAGUGCUGAAAGAGGAGACUCCAGUCUCGUAA